CCUCCCGCCGCCACCUGUAACCGUCUCAGCCUGCCAGACCGCUGAUAGCGAAGCUGACUCGCCUCCGAGUCAAAAAUCCCUACAAAUCUCACCACCAUCAUGGGUGAUGCAUGAGCAGGAACCUCUAGCCUCUAGGAACGAGUGAACGACCAUGGCCUGGUUCAGAAAUCUCGUCCAAUUAUCAUCUCUGAAAUCUUCACUCCGAUCCAGAAGCGCCACAACCCCAUUUCCAAACACCCAAUUCGUCUCCAUCUUGCAGUUUAGUUCUCAGCCAAAUUCGGAGCCCACCCGCCAUGUGCCGAGCUCUGGGCUCGGACCCACCUCGUCGAAAGAGAAGCCGAGGGUGGUGGUGUUGGGGUCUGGGUGGGCUGGGUGCAGGGCCAUGAAGGGCUUGGACACCAACAUCUAUGAUGUGGUGUGCGUGUCGCCAAGGAACCACAUGGUCUUCACUCCUCUCUUGGCUUCUACUUGUGUUGGGACUCUUGAGUUCCGGUCCGUGGCUGAACCCAUUGCGCGGAUCCAGCCGGUGAUUUCAAGGGAAACUGGGUCUUACUUCUUUCUUGCUAAUUGUAAUCGGGUUGAUCCCGAUAACCAUGUGGUACACUGCCAGACUCUAACUAAUGGAGCAAAUGUCCCGGAGCCAUGGGACUUUGAGAUCUCAUAUGAUAAGUUGAUUAUUGCUUCGGGUUCAAUGCCCUUAACAUUUGGAAUUCAUGGUGUGGAAGAACAUGCCUUUUUUCUUCGUGAAGUCCAUCAUGCUCAGGAAAUUAGGAGGAAGCUGCUCCUAAACUUGAUGCUGUCUGAUGUGCCUGGAAUUUCGGAAGCAGAGAAGCAGAGGCUCCUACACUGUGUUGUUGUGGGAGGUGGUCCAACAGGAGUUGAGUUCAGUGGUGAACUUAGUGAUUUUAUCACGAGGGACGUUCAUCAAAGAUAUGCCCAUGUGAAAAAUUACAUCCAUGUUACUUUGAUUGAGGCAAACGAGAUAUUGUCUUCCUUUGAUGAUCGCCUUCGGCACUAUGCUACUAGGCAGUUGACUAAGUCAGGAGUUCGUCUUGUUCGUGGGACUGUUAAAGAUGUUAAAGUUGACAAAAUAAUUCUAAAUAAUGGCACGGAGGUUCCAUAUGGGCUGUUGGUAUGGUCUACAGGUGUUGGUCCCUCAUCUUUUGUGAAGUCUAUGGAGGUCCCAAAAUCCCCUGGUGGAAGGAUUGGCAUUGAUGAGUGGCUACGCGUUCCUUCUGCACAGGACAUUUUUGCAAUAGGUGACUGCAGUGGGUUCCUUGAAAGUACUGGCAAACCAGUUCUUCCAGCUCUGGCACAGGUUGCAGAGAGGCAAGGGAAGUAUCUAGCAGAACAAUUGAACAGGAUUGGCAAAGCUGGUGGAGGGUAUGCAAACAGAGCAAGAGACAUGGAAUUUGGAGAGCCCUUUGUUUAUAAGCAUUUGGGAAGCAUGGCAUCCCUUGGCAGAUACAAGGCUCUCGUGGACCUUAGGCAGGGCAAGGAGGGCAAAGGUUUAUCUCUGGCAGGAUUUACAAGUUGGAUUAUUUGGCGAUCAGCAUAUCUCACGCGCGUUUUAAGCUGGAGGAACCGGUUAUAUGUUGCAAUCAACUGGGCAACAACUUUUGUGUUUGGUCGUGAUAUAAGCCGAAUAUAGAGUUCUAGGAAGGAAUCAGUUUUUUUGGCUCAAUUAGCAGUGAAGCAAUGUUUCCUGAUGAUGUUAGAGGCACAGCUCAGCAUGCUUCCAUGCUUUUCUUCCGGCUCCAUCAAGCAGAGCAGAGAAGAACAGAACAUAUUUGAAUAAUGAAGGUUGCUGAGUACAAAAGAUAUGUAUUUAUUGGUUUUUUUAUUUUUUCUCCCUCAAUUUUUUCCCCCAAGUACCCAUGGUCUUUUUCUGCCUAUUAUUGACUGGGGUUAUAUUCUUAGGUAUUGGUUAGUCUUAAGCACAUCAAUUGUGAUACAUUUGAACCAUUUCAUUUUAAUAGUAUAUCUGAUCUUCUUGAAUUAAAGCAA